UUUUGUUUCCUUUUUUCUGGCUAAAAGCUGGUCGCUCGAUGCGGAACGCGUUUUAUGCAUUUGAAUUUCGAUGCGUCAUGUUCGCCGUGGACUCGAAAUUGCAUUGUUGUUCCUCGAGGUGCGGUGCUCGCCAGUUGACGGAUCAUCGGUCUGCUCUGGUCACUGCGAUUGCUGCGCCACCGGAAAAAUCGCUGCUAAUUUACUCGUACAUUUCGUCUAAGGUUGAAGCACUGGCCAAAGGAAGAAGUUAUCUGCAUCGCAAUGGUGCGAGAGAAAGAUGUUUGCUGGGAAUAUGCUGAGAAAUUGGAUGGAAACAAGGUAAGGUGCAAAUUUUGCCUCAGAGUCUUGAACGGGGGCAUUAGUAGGUUAAAACACCAUCUUUCUCGACUUCCGAGUAAAGGCGUGAACCCGUGUUGCAAAGUAAGGGAUGAUGUCAGUGAUAGAGUGAGGGCGAUAAUAGCUACGAAAGAGGAGGUCAAGGAACCGUCUAACUCUAAAAAGCCAAAGUUGGCAGUACCGGAAACUAAGCCUCCGGGAAGUAUAUCGGCGAAUAAAGUUUUUACAUCCACGGAUGCUUCACCUCCGAUGACGAAGGUCUUCUCUCCUGUCUCACCUAUGGGAUCUUCGUGUUUAAGCAACCAAGAAAAUGCCGAGAGAAGUGUUGCUCUGUUCUUCUUUGAAAAUAAGCUGGACUUCGUCGUUGCUCGAUCUUCAUCGUAUCAGUUAAUGAUUGAUGCUGUUGGUAAAUGCGGUUCUGGAUUCAUCCCACCAUCUGCAGACACGUUGAGAACGACAUGGCUGGGAAAGAUCAAGUCUGAAGUAAGUCUGCAGUCCAAAGAUACUGAGAAAGAGUGGUCAACCACGGGUUGCACUAUCAUUGCAGAUACAUGGACUGACAAUAAGUCAAGAGCAUUUAUCAACUUUUUAGUUUCAUCACCGUCUAGAACCUUUUUCCACAAAUCUAUCGAUGCAUCCUCGUACUUUAAGAACGUCAAAUGCCUCGCGGACUUGUUUGAUUCUGUGAUCCAAGAUUUUGGCCCAGAAAAUGUCGUGCAAAUAAUCAUGGACAGUAGUUUAAAUUACACUGGCGUGGCCAACCACAUCCUCCAGAACUAUGGGACAAUUUUUGUAUCGCCCUGUGCUUCUCAAUGUAUGAAUUUGAUCCUGGAGGAAUUUUCCAGGGUAGAUUGGGUGAACAGAUGUAUCUCACAAGCACAGACCAUCUCAAAGUUCAUCUACAACAACGCGAUGAUGCUAGAUCUCAUGAAGAGGUUCACAGGGGGACAGGAACUUAUUAGGACGGGUAUCACAAAGUCCAUAUCAAACUUCCUUUCACUGCAAUCUAUACUGAAGCAAAAGUCAAAACUGAAGCAUAUGUUCAACAGUCCUGAGUAUUCGAUGAACUCGUCAUACUCAAAUAAACCCCAAAGCAUCUCUUGUAUUGCCAUAGUUGAGGAUAAUGAGUUCUGGAGAGCUGUGGAAGAGAGUGUUGCCAUUUCCGAGCCAUUCCUUCGAGUACUGAGAGAAGUUUCUGGGGGAAAACCAGCUGUGGGUUCAAUAUACGAGCUAAUGACUAGGGCCAAGGAAUCUAUCCGGACAUACUAUAUCAUGGACGAGAGUAAGUGCAAAGUGUUUCUAGAUAUAGUUGAUAGAAAAUGGAGGGAUCAGCUACAUUCACCUCUGCAUUCUGCUGCUGCAUUUUUAAACCCUAGCAUCCAAUACAAUCCAGAAAUCAAAUUUCUUGGAUCUAUAAAGGAAGACUUCUUUAAGGUUCUAGAGAAGUUGCUUCCAGCGCCUGACAUGAGACGUGAUAUCACCAAUCAGAUCUUUACCUUCACAAGGGCGAAAGGAAUGUUUGGCUGUAGCUUAGCCAUGGAGGCAAGAGAGACAGUUGCACCUGGACUUUGGUGGGAACAAUAUGGAGACUCUGCACCAGCACUGCAGCGAGUCGCCAUAAGAAUACUGAGCCAGGUCUGCAGCACUUUCACAUUCGAGAGGAACUGGAGCGCGUUCCAGCAGAUCCACUCAGAGAAGCGCAACAAGAUCGACAAGGAAACGAUGAACGACCUCAUCUACAUCAACUCCAAUCUCAAAUUAGCGAGGCAGAUGAGAUCUCCGGAGGCUGACCCGAUUCAAUUCGACGACAUCGACAUGACUUCGGAGUGGGUAGAAGAGAGCGAGAACCCGAGCCCGACCCAGUGGCUCGAUCGGCUGAGCUCCGCUCUGGAUGGAAACGACCUGAACACUAGACAGUUCAACGCGUCGAUCUUUAGUACAAACGACACUAUAUUCGGAUUGUGAUAUUGUAGCAUUGCUGUCCUAAGUUUAUUACACGUAAUGUAAUGUAAUGUUCGUAUGGUAGCUCUAGCUCUGUAUCUUGUUGUAGAUGAAGGAAAUUAGUCGCUUCUGUACGUGUUUGGCGCCAGUACUCAUAAACUCAAGCCAAAAAGGAAGAUUAUGUUAUCCAUUCUCA